AUGCAUGUUGCAACUCUGAGAUUGGUCCUAUGUCUAAUGGUUUGCUGCGAUUUAUGGCUUGCCAGCAGCCAAAAGCUCCAACUUGAUUCAAUCGAUCAAUCGGAAUUAGUGCGCAAAGCCCGUGAAAUCAGGCAACAUCGUCAAGUUCGCCAAACGCGUCAACUUCGUCAGGAACAAGAUAAAGAAACGAAAUGCAAAUUCAAAUUUGCCUUGCUAGAUUUUCCUCCUUACAUUAUGAACCAAAGUAUUAACCGAGGAUUUAUGUAUGAAAUCCUAACAUCGUUUUUGGUCACAACUUGCUUUGAUAGAGAAGCAACAGACCCCAUAGCUUGCAAAAUGGUACCAGUAUUUGUUCAAAAUCAAGACGAGAUGGUGAAAUUGAUUAAAAAUGGGUCGGUUGAUUUUGGUUUUCCAAUUCUAUCGGAUGCAAAACAAAAACUUGCCGUUCUAGACAGUGUGACACUCAUCCGGGCAUUUGCAUCAGCCGGGUGUUCAAUAAUUGUGAACUUAAAGCAGUGCAAAGCAGAGUCACGGGAACAGUUAUUUACUUCCAUUACGUCACAAUGGCCAAUAUUGGCUUAUAUCAUAUUGCUGUCAGGGAUAUCUGGAGUGAUCAUUUGGCUCUUGGUAAGAGUUAAGGCUUAUCAUCGUCAAUCUAUACUCAGCUUCUGAAGCUCUUUAGUUUUAAUUCUACGUAAGGUUAGAUUCAAACUUAAUUGUCACGGCUCUAGCAUGAAAAUAGUUCAAAUAGGAAUCGACAGCACCAUUUUUGAGUAAACUGUUAGCUAGGCGCACCCUAUCACUUCACCGAAAUAAAAAGCCAGACUAAAAAAAAAGGACCUCACAGUAAAUAAAAAGAAAACUGUAAUGCCCUACAAGUCAUGAAUCUACAAAUAAUGUUUGUUUGUUUGUAGAUGAAAAAAGACCAUUGCAAUUACGCAAACUAUCAAAUAAGGACAUUUUAUACCAAGUUGCCAAAAUUUCGGAUACAGUAAAACUGCUGCAAACUUUGCGUGUUGUAGCAGGGCCUUAAGUAAGCUGGAAGUGUUUUCUAAACAAUGUAUUUACUCCACACUAAACGUCAUCAUAAUAUUAGUUUUUUUGUGCAUAAUAUUAAUUCAUUAAACAGUUAUACUGAUUUUCAUGACAGGAACACCGUUCAAACGCGUCUCAGUUUUCACCCUUGUUCACGAAAGGAUCACCAGAAGGCUUUUGGUGGGCAGUGGAAUCACUUACAACAGUAGGGUAAGUUGAUUUAGAUUUGGGUAUUGGUGGGAUUUUUUUUUCAUAGCGUCCUUUGAAUGUAACCAAAAAUGCGCAAAAUUGUAAAACCCAUUUCUUUGUCGAAAUUAAUACAUGUGUCGGGUUUAUCAAAAUCUUCAUCACACCAGGGUUCCAUUCUUCAAUUGGCUUCCAGUCUUACAAAUAACUAGUUGUUACGUGGUAUCGGGGUCCUCUCGUUUACAGUUCUUCACAGCUUAUAAAGCAAAAUGAAUAGUAGCAAUGAAAAGAAAAAGAAUUUUCCAUUGCAUAUCUUAAAAUCAUGAUUCAGUUUUUUAUCUAUUUAUUUUUUUACAUACAUACAUUUCCAGUACACCUGAACCGCUACGAUUCGUCUACGGUCGUAGACGAAUCGACACACCGGAAGUCAAAUCGUGCGUUAACAUACCAGAAGUAGAGGUUGGUAAGCAAUUUUUGAAAAUGAUUAGUAUAGCAUACCGGAAGUCGAAUCGUGUGUUAACAUACCGAAAGUCGAGGGGCGUAAGCAAUGAGUGAAAAUGGGUAGCAUGAAAAGAGAAAAUGACAACGUGAACCUUCCACGUUCUUAAAGCGUGAAACAGCUACGAUUUGACCACGGUCGUUGAAGAAUCUACACACCGGAAGUAUGACGGUUCGACAUCAACUGUGACGAGUCGUUCGAUUCGAGUCGAUUCGACAACAUCUCCAACCCACCUUCGUAGUUACUCGCGGAAUAUUUUCUAAGUGUCUUGCAAAUCGACUUCCGGUAUGACGGGUCGACAUCAGCUGCGACUAGUCGUACGAUUCGACAAAAUCUGCAACCCCCUUUCGUGGCCACUUGCGGAAUAUUUUCUAAGUGUCUUGCAAAUCGACUUCUGGUGUGACGGGUCGACUUUAACUUAGACGAGUCGUUCAAUUCGACAACAUUUUCAACAACCCUUGACAGUUACUUAUGAAAUAUUUCCUAAGUGAUUUGCAAAUCGACUUCCAGUUUCCAUCUAAUGAGAGAUGGUUUAUCAGAUUUCCGGUAUAACGAGACGCAUUAACCGCAUUAACCAGUAGAACGAUUCGCAAACUGCCUUGACGAAUUGUAGCGGUUUGGGUGUAUUGGACAACCCUCUUCCUAUACUUUCUACACUAUCCUCAAAGCGCGAAGAUAUUUGGUUCCUUUUUCUCAUUAGGUACGGUGAUAAGACGCCUAAAACCUUCUGUGGACGUUCAUUUGGUAUAAUAUGGAUUCUGAUAGGAGCAAUAAUGUUGUCGCUGUUCACCGCCUUAUUUACAAAUGCUAUCCAAGCUUCCCUGGAUGGUACGAGAUGUAGGGACAUCGGUGGCAAAAAGGUUAUUAACCCUAACAUGAACACCUAAAACCCUUUGCACCCUAACAUCAUUAUGUUUCUUCUCUAUGGUUUCCUCUAUACAUUUCUUAAGGUGCUGGAAAAAAGAUUUUUUUUUAACAAUCAAGAGCUUCUUUGAUUGGUAAUCAUUUCUUUUAUUCUCGUGACCCUAAUGUUUGAUUCAGGUGUGAUAUUGUAAGGAGAUAUCAAUUAAUUAUUUUCUUGGUUUCAAAUUAGAUUCCCUACAUUAUUCAAUUUAUCCUAAACGAAGCGUCGAAAGGCCUUUCCCUGUAAAAGUUAUUUUACCAAUAAAUGGAUCCUACCCUCAUUGAUCGAACUCAGGAACAGCUAAAAUGCAACUCGGCCCUGUGACUCAAACCUUUGAGUCACAGGGCUGAGUUGUUAAAAGCAGGGUUCAGAUAACUCAGCAGUAAUGUGAAAUCUUAUUUAAGAUCUGAAAGCUGUAAAGAAAGGUUGUUACGAUUUGUCCGCACUUAUUAAAUGCUCUUAGGAAAAAAAAAUAGAGAAAAUUAUUCGAAAGAGGUUGCUGAACAAAGGUGUAAAGAAACCCGCAUGAAAUUAACCCCGGAUUAGCGCUACUCAGACUUCGAAUAGCUAAGCUAGGAAUUAUGAGCUACCUGAGUCCGAGUUAGCAAGUUGUAUGGAAGAAUGAAAUUAGCAUUAAACAAUUUUAAUUGAUUGUCGAAGUGGAAAAUUGCUCUGGUUUUGUACAACUUCGGAUAUUGUUGGCCCUUUUAACAACAAUGCCUUCCCUGUUCCUAUUAUUUAGGGUGGGUCUUUCCGGAACUACAACUUAAGUGUACUUUCGUUGUACAGGUUUUUCAUAUUCUUUGCAAGAGGAAAGUACUUAUCAUCUGGCAAUAAGCCUUCAUAGAUUGUGCUAGUAAAAGUAGCAUAUUAUGCUAGUGGUAUUACUCGAUCAUUUUUCAAAUGGUGCUCAAAAUUAAACUCGUUUUUGAAAAUUAUGCUACUUUUUAUUUAAGUGCGCUUUACAAAAAAAGAAAAAAGAAACAAACGAAGUCUAAAGUAUAUAUUUGUUGUCAAUUAAACAUGAAAUCUUCUUCAUUUUGAGAUACAUACUUGCUCUGACAAAAUAUAAUUAACCAUUGGAUUCCAGACGAGAAGCAGUGACUUGACGAGUCAAAAUGUAAGUUUCUCUUCGGCGCUAUUUUGUCUGUACUACGGGUAUGCCCAGUCCUUUAGACAACAAACGAUUCUAUACUGCGGUAACCCUCUUCUUCCAAGACAUUGAAAACCUGAAAAUAGACAUGAACCAUGGACCGAAAAUUAUUCUUGCGCAAUCUAUAAGGGCCCAACUGGCACAUAAAAAUUUGUCUGACCCCAAUUUACUUGUUAGGUGGGUGUGUCCAACAAGAAUCCUGAAACGCAUAUAGUCGCUAUGGAGCUGGACGCAGACUUUGUCAGUAAGUAAUUCUUUUCAGGUUAUUUCAAUGUUCUUGUAUAACGUGUUGCAUGCCCAUUGUUCUUCAGGAAAGGCUACGAAAGUAAAGAAAUAAGCUUAAAAAUGACCUUCUAAUUUCAGUCAUAUUUCAUAUAUUUUUGUAUCAAAACUCUAAGGAGAAGUUUCUCCACCGCUUUUUCUUAUUUUAUUCAUGUAAGAAUUUGCGUUGGCGACCAAAUCAAAUAAAUUUUUAAUUAACAGAGUUCAACAACCUGGAUGAAAUGCAAGAAAGUCUUAGCCAAGGAACAAUUGGAAGAGUAAUGCUGGAUCGCAACACUGCAUUUCACUUUUUGGAUAAAUCUGGUUUAAAACGAAACAGACAGAUCCGAAUGAUUCGUAACAUCGAUUAUCCAAUGGAAUAUUACCUGGCUCACGUGAGCCAUGACGUAAUGGCGUCACCGAAUGACACGAACGAUUCUGAUGACGAAGUAUUGGCUAGAAAAACUGAGCUUUCGGUUUGCGGGGAAAGCCUGAAAGGGUUAUCAACGGAUAUGGUUGGAGUUGCAAAAGACGCUGCCAAAGUGCAACUUAUUCCUGCCGAAUUAGAGGUAGUUAAUUGUUUUUUGUGAAUUUUCUAUAUUUCACCACGCACCAUUCUUCUCUUCAUGUUUAGCAUUUAUUUUGAUGCAAUCAGCAGUUUGAAAAUUAUUUGUUUCUUUUUAGACAGCGGAUUUGUCCGAUGAAAUGGAAGGGUUAUUCUCCACCGGCUCACAAAUGACCAAAUUUAUAUUAUUAGCCUUAUUGGGAAUACUCACCUUCCUAAUGAUCAUCGGCAAACUUUGGGAAGUCUACACCAACUGUAAGCCAACUAUACACAAGAAGAGAAAAGGUAACUACUUCUUAAAUUAA